UCGUGUCGGACAGUCGUCAAAGAAUGUGCAGGGAGCAGUGCAACUACCUCAGUCAAUCGUUUUCCUCAGUUUUGUUCGGUUCGUGCAGUGGUGGUGAAGCUUAAAUGACUUGGAAACUGAAGUGAACCGUCCACAACAGCUCCGUAGGGUUGAAGAUGAUAUUGCGAGACACAUCAUGGACUCAGGAAUAGAGAAGGCGACCUCUACGCGAAUUACGAAAAUUUUCGAAGAUUUUUCACUCAACAUUGAUUGUUGAAAGACUCGCGCCACCAAUUUGUAAUCCAGCCGUCAUGAUUGUUUUGAGAAAGGAAUGUGAUAUAAUUUUAUAUUAGUACAGCAAGUACUUUGAACUGUUUAAACGAGUGCGAAUUUUGGACGAUUUGCCCAUGAACAUUGCAAUGAUGACAUUUAUGAUGAAGAAAAAGAAAUACAAGUUCCAAGUGUCACUAAGACUAGACGAAUUGACUGCUGUGCCAUUCGUCAACGCAGUCCUCUUCGCUAAAGUGCGGCUCCUGGACGGCGGCAGCUUCCGGGAAACUUCAAGCCGAGAGGAGGUGACGGAACACGCUGUCCGAUGGGGAGCCAAUUUCAGAUUCGUUUGCAAAAUGUCGGCCAACAUCUCGACAGGCAUACUCGACCCCUGUCUAUUGAGGAUAUCUGUCCGCAAGGAGGUUAAAGGUGGCCGUACAUUCCAAAAGUUAGGCUUCAUAGACCUAAACCUGGCCGAGUUUGCUGGCGCUGGCGAAAUGACACGUCGCUACCUUCUUGAAGGUUACGACACGAAACACCGCCAGGACAACUCAAUGCUGAAGGUUACAAUCAGGAUGGACAUGCUGGCUGGUGAUAUCCUGUUCAAAGUUCCGACACCUCCUGUGAUUGCUACAAAUAAUCAGGAGGAGAACGCUGAUCUCAGUGGUGGAUCCAUUGCGAGUGGCAGUUCUGGUUUCGGCAGCUUACCCAAGAAAAGACCUCCCCUGUUUGGCUCUGAAUUGGUUCCUGCCAUGGAGCACCCAUCGUUGGCAGCCGACCUGAUGCCGCCCCCAAUGCCGCCCCCAGACUUUGAUGCCCCAGCGAUACCAACAAAUCACAUCACGGUGGACAGCCUGGCGCAUGAGCCAGGCCACUCCCGCAACAACAGUAACACCAGUCAAAUGUCCAAAGCGUCCGGCUACAGUUCACUAAGUCAGUCCCAACACAGCCGGCAGAGCAGCUCGGGCGACUCUGGACACACACGGAGUCGCCGCAUUUCCACUCCCCACUCACCCAAAUCUAUCCAACUGUCCCUUGUCCCGUUGCAUGAAGAGCCGUGGCCGGCGUCUCCCAACUACGGGUCGCCCCUGCCCCCACCCUUGAUGUGCAUUGAGCCGAGGGCGGUGACUUCGCUGAUCGCGCCCAGGGCCAACAAGAACCUGGAGUCGCGUACCCGCUACUACUCGCUGUCCACACACUGCACCAGGAUUAACAACAACGGGCCUGCUGAGUGCCACUGUCCCCUGCAUGCCAUUAAGAAUUUGCUAGCCCAACACAGAAAGCACCACGAGGGCGCUCUGCGAGCUGCAAAAUGCUCUGACGAUGACCUGGUUGAAGACUGCGACUCGCCUACAGAGCUGCUGCAAAGAAGACGGAGCACACCGAAUCCAAGCUCUGGAUCAGGACUUAGUGAGAGUGGCGGCGGUUCGUUGGAGCGUGCCAAGCUCGCAGGAGAGAGGAGAAAGAAGGGGCUGCCCGAGGAGAGCAGCCAAAGCUCAGUCAUCACCACUGGCAAGGAGUCAAGGGUGGAGGUCACCAGGGUAAAUCCAAAUGAGCUCAUCGCCGAACUUUUACAAACUACCAACCUGGAGCAGGACGAAAGCGCUGAAACUUCUGGUCUUCAACUUUUUAUCGCCAAAGACGGCACAACAGCUUUUGGCAGCCAUGAUGUCAAACGGCAAGCGUCGUCUGGAGCCUUCCAGCAAGUUGUGAUGGACAAGAGCUAGUUACAGUGAUUCUCACACCUGUUCCAAAGAGACUCGCCACCCAGAAUGCUCAUCAGAAGCCAUCACCGACUCGCGUUUCAAUGUCAAGGAUUACCCUUGAACAACCACUAGUAAUUGUGAAUUCAGACCCGAAAGUGGCUGAUAUGUGCUUUUACUAGACGGUAUUAUCACAGUUAAAGUUUAAUCCCCCCCCCCCCCCCCCAGUUCAUCCACUGUACCAAAGGCAGAGAAAAAAACUUGAACUCUCGAGAGCACUUCUUGUUGCUGAUCAGUCCCGAGAGUUUUUGUUUUUAAACUAAUUAGGAGCUGUUGCUAUUUCAUUUUGAAGAGCUUUUUGAAAAUGUAUUGGAAAUUCCUUUCCAAACCUGAGAAGCCAAUUCAACUCAUAUUUGUAGUUAGCGGAUUAAGGAAUGCCACCACGAACAAUAAACCAACUAUCUCAGUGAUGGUUGUGUUUCAUUCACAAUGUUGGGCUGUAGUGACAUUUUCAAAGUGAAAUGUUUGCAAACUCGCUAGGGUUUGUCAGAAGUCUGUUGGUCCCUCUGUCGGACAUCCAAUGAUAAUCAAUCAACCAGUUGAAACGAAAAUGGCAACAAGUAGUUCAAAGAAAUUACAAUAAUAACUCUUAAAAUUGAACAGAUCAUGAGUCAAAGCUAAUAUUUAAAAUGAGAAUGACUACAUCAGAGUUCAGGUUCAACUCGUGAACAUGUUUUCUAGAUCAUGAAAUUCGGUUUCUGAAAUCUUUUGGAAUAAAUGAAAGCACAAAUUUUAUCAUUUGUUCAUUUUCAAGCUUUGGAGGAAUUUUCGCGACUAAUAAUAUAUCUUUGCCCAUUCUGGAAAAUCUCAACAAGAAUUGAAAAGAGUUGACACUAAAAGGAGACUUGAACCCAACCAGCAUUCUUGGCCUUGGAUAGAUUCGUAUGUAUUAAUCUCAAAUCGUAAAUGGAUUUCGCGUUUCGUGUAGAUGUUUUGAAUAAAUUUUCAAGAGAGGAAUAAUAUCACUAUAACUGGCUCUUUGUAAUCAUGUCUCGUGUUUCAAUGCAACAGAGGGGUUUGAAUAUUUGAAUCACUGCGGUUUAUGUAUUGUGAAUUUAAAUAUACAACUUGCAUAUUAUACUAUUUGUACCAUUUGUUGUCUUCCGUUUUGUCAUCUCUACUCAGAAUGUUCACUUUUGAACUCAGAAAGUACUAGCUGUUCUGACAUAAAAAAGGUGUUUUCCUUGAUUUUUACCUGUGUGAUAAUUGUGUAAAUUAUAAUAACUGCUGUUAAAAACGCAAGAUGGUCCCAAAUUGAAAUUUUAGAAUGAUGUUUUUUAUGUCGUGCCCUGGGAAACUUGUGCACGCAUUGCGCUAAAUCACUUCUUAAGUUGCUAUCAAUCUGAUGUAUUUCUCUGUACCAUUCACUAUGCAAUGUAUAUGUGAAUAAUUGAUUUUAUUUUUGUUUUGUAUAGCUGUACAGUAACUUAUAGCGUCUGUAAUAUUUAUAAGCAGAUAAAUAGUGCAUUUUUGCAAUGUGGAUAAUAUGUAGCAAAUUGUAUAAGAAAUGCUGGCAUUAAAGUGAUUAUAAACUGAAAGUAUUUGUUGGGUUAGCAAAUUUAAUUUAGACUUUGUAUUUGGACUUAACGUGGAUCAUGAAAUUACGAACUCUUUAAAUCAUAAGUUUACCGCAGGAAAGAGAGCAGUGUUCAAUUGCUGAUGAGGUCAAAUUGAAAAAAUGCCUUUCAUUGAAAAUGCUGGAGAAGAGUAAUGUCAAUGUGAAUGAAAAUUGACGAUAUAAAAAUAUUAUUUUUGGUAAUUGUUGUAGAAUACUAAAAUGGAACAAUUAUUGCCAAAAUCGAAAAAAUGCAAAGCCUUACAAUAAUGUGCGAAUCAUCAUGGUUAAACAGCCAAGCAGAAUGCAAUAAAAUAAUUGAAAAUGCAAAA